AUUGUUAGUUUUAAUAUAAUAACUCAAGUCAGUUUUUCCUUAUACCCUUAUUUGGUAUCCUUUAUGUAGAUCAAUAUAUUGGUAGUGCUCAAAAAUUAGUUUACAAAAUGUGUAUUGUAAAUAAUCUAAUGAACAGAUAAAGAUUCACGAGGCAGCGGAGGUCGGUGACGAGGGUUUACUACGGGAGAUUGUGAACAGACGACCCGAGGCGCUUGGUUUCCUGGACAAAAAUGGCAACACACCUCUCCACCUGGCUGCUAAAGGCAACCACAUUGACUGUUGCAGAAUUCUUUUGGAAGUCAGCACCAAGGAAGUUAACAUAAAAAACAAAGCUGGUAAUUCCUCACUUCUAUUGUCGAUAGCCACCGGAAACAAAUCUACAGAGCUAACAAAAUUACUCAUUAACAAGGGAUCAAAGUUUGAUACAAAAAACAAAGGUAAACAAACAGCUCUACACAUAACAUCUGAGAAAGGUAAUGUUGAAAUACUGAAACUGCUCCUUGAGUAUGACAAAAGCUGCAUAAACGAUAAGGAUUCGGAAAAACUGACGCCUCUACAUGUGGCAGCCAAAAAUGGACACUGGAUAGCUUGCAUUGUGCUUGUUGAGGCAGGUGCAAAUUUAGAAGACAAAGAUGCCAAUGGCAUGACACCACUUCACUGGGCUGCUAAAAUGGGUUUCACUGAAUGUUGUAAGAAGCUGCUGGAGCACGAGGCUUCUAUUAACAAUAAAAAUAAUAAAGGGAACACCCCACUCCAUUUAUUGUGUGCAUCUGGAAAGGAAAAACCGGAGUGUGCCAAGCUGCUGAUUGAUCAUGGAGCUGAUGUUAAUGUCCAGAAUAACGUGGGUGAGACACCAUUUCAUCUUUCCCUUCGCUCACACUUCAAAGUAUCAGAGGUUUUCCUUGGUCAGGAUGUGAAUUUAUUGUUGACUGACAAGCAAGGCAGAACAGUUUUGCAUUUUGCUGCAGAAAGGCAUAAUUCAGACUACGUUGAGCUAGUAAUGAAAAUGGAAGGAAGUUCAAAAGACUUAAUCAACAAAUUAGAUGACCAAGGAAAAACAGCUUUACAUAUAGCCAUUUCUAAAAAAGUAAUUGAUACAUGUAAAUUUCUGAUAAGACGUGGUGCAGAUGGCACCAUUUCCUGCGGUAGAGUUGGCACGGCUCUACAUAUGGCAGCACGUUAUGGCCUGGAUGAUAUCUGUGACUAUCUCAUUACCAAGGGUGUCAAGGUGGACAUAAAGAACAGUGAGGGAUUAGCACCACUACAUAUAGCAGCAAAAGAAGGCCAUAAAGAAUGCUGCAAGGUGCUAUGCAAGAGAGGUGCUUUUGCAGCUAUCCGUGAUGGUGAUGAAAUGACAGCUCUCCACCAUGCUGCCAAGGGCAAACAUUAUGCCUGCUGUGAGAUAUUAAAAAAUCAACUAUAUUUAGUUAACUUGGUAGAUAAGCAUAAAAGAACUCCUCUACAUGUAGCUGUGGAGGUUAAUUCCUUGGAUUGUUGCAAGGUUUUAUUAACACCUAAAACAGAUAUUUGGGCAAAGUCCUUCAGUGGAAGUCCUGUAAAGUUGGCGUGUGAUGGACGUUACCAUGAUAUCUUAAGGCUUCUUUUAUGUCAUAGAAGUGUUAACAGAAAUUACAGUGAAAAGGACAUUAAUUUCCAGGACCUUCUUGAAAAGUCAUUGGAACGUCAAGAUAGGAAAAUGGUGGAAAGUAUCAUAGACAGCUGCUUCUGGGAGGAAGCUUUCAUGCCCUCACAAGAAAUUUUAGUGGAAAAGCAGAAGAAUGGGAAUUUAAGGCUGCUAGUUAAGAACUAUCCAGACUUAGUCAAGAGCGUACUGGACAAGUGCAUACCAGCUCCAGCCGUUACUGAGUGCGACAAGACGCUGCAAAAGCCACAAAGAUGUUACCUAGUGCAUUACCUGGAUGAGGCAUACCCAAUACCAGGAAAAGAAGAAAGUGAUGAUACCAAACAAACAAGACCACAGGACUUACAACCAAGACAGCCUUUUGAAACAGAGUGUGGAGGGUUGGCAGCGGGAGCAAUAGUGGCCCCGGUGGACCAGGCCUGGCGUUCCGACCACCUCAUGGAGUGGAUCCUUCGAUACAACCACCACCACCUCCUGCAGCACCCGCUCAUCACCUACUGGCUCCGAUACAAGUGGCUCAGCUACAUCAGAAUACAUCACUAUGUUUGUCUAACUCUGACCUUCCUCUUGGCACUUCUCUUAACAAUCUUCACUGCAAUAUCUUGGGACUGGGCGUAUAUGGAACACACAUACAACCUAACACGAUCCUUAGUGUGCCCUCCCGGAGAUGAACAGCUUGUUGGACCAGAGGUGAAGGAGCUUCUACAAAAAGAGGGCAAAGUCCCUAAUGUCCUUGGCCACAUAAUUGUUUUCAUGUUUGUAAUUGGAAUUCUGCAUGACAUUUACAAAAUAACAAAGCUGAGAAAAAGGUUUUUUAAAAUAGAAAACAUUUUUCUGCCGUGGGCUGCAACCAGCAUCAUUUUCAUUAGCAAUUUUACAUCCUGCUCACGAAACACCUUUGUACGAGAGGACUGGCAGUGGCAAGUGGGCGUGGUGUCUGUGCUCACAUCCUGGAUGUGCCUCAUCAUGCUGAUGAAGAAUGAACGCUGCUGCAGCAAUUUCUUUCACCAUGCCAUCCACCUUUUUCGCACCCUCUUCAAGAUUAUCUUUCCUCUAUUAUUUGUAGGAAUUGUGAUAUUUUCUGUUUAUAAAAUAAGUGGCAAAGGAAAAACUGCUAACAAUCAAGCAUUGAAUACUUUCCUUAAAAUAUUUUCAUAUCAGUGGGUCAAUACGACAUUGUUUGUCACAUUAACCAUUGUUAUCUGCUUUGUAAUGUUAGAUAACAGAAGAAAUAAACAGAGAAAGGUGAACAAGGACCUUCGCACUCUCGCUGUUGUGAAGAUGACAAUGGACUUUGACCUCCUAUAUCCUAUCUUGAGGAAGAAGUAUUAUGUUUUUUGGAUACCAGAGGAUUAUAAAGUAAACUUCAGCAGCCAGUGUAACUGUCUUAAACAACAUUUACCUAAUCAGAAAAAGCAGUUUGAAGAGUUAAGUGAGAAUGAGAGAGAGGUUUCAGAUGAAAUACAUGAUAUAAGUGAGAAAAUUGAUAAGCUUCAGCAAUAUAUAACGAAACAAUUUGAGCUUAUUAAUGCAAAACAGGUAGAAAUAUGCAGCAAGAAUAAGUAGCAGGACUUGUGGGGUGGGGAUAAUCUACCAAUGAUUAUUUUAUUAAAUAUAUUUAUUUAUUGAAUGGACUGUAAUUAUUUUAAUUGAUUAUUUUAUUAAGCGGAAUGUAUAGGUUAUUAUUUAUAAUCACUGAUAAACUUCCACUUCACACAUUUGGGGGUUAUGUUUGUUAAAUUUUGUUAUAUUGUACCAUAUUUAAACGGUUAACAUUAUUAUUGUCACGCGACUGUAUUUAAACGUUAGUAGCUGUGAUAAGGCUAUAAUUCACUUAUACUAAUCUGACUAGAAGGCUUCAAAAGUUAUCAUGGAACUGUUGUCGAACAUGUGAGUAGGCCCUGCUGUAAUGGUAUCAUCUGUGUGCAAUGCCGCCUAAACAUUAAUGGCAAUUCUUCACUAUCAAUGUUGUCCCGACUCCACCCUGCCAAGAUAAUACAAUGUGGAUAGGCACAAACUAGACUGAUUUAUUAUUAUUAUUAUAAUAUUUAUAAUUUUAUUAUAUAAUUUUAUUGUAAUAUUUAUGGCAUAAUUUUGACUUGAUUUACUCGAGUUAAUUAAUUCGCCCAUUUUGGGCUUGGCAUGCCAUAUAAUCAUCAAACCUAAAAGAUCUUAUAUUGCCCAACUAAGAACUAGGUAAGACAAAAUUUAAGCACUUCCCUGCAGUGUCAUAGUCAAAUACACCUGUAGAAAUAGGUACCGAUUAUUGUGAAUACCACCGGAGCGCUUCAAUUAACACUGACAAAUUACACGUGUGUUAGUUGGAAAGGCUUGAUGUUGGCUGCUGCCUCCUUCCCGGUCAGAGGACACAUCAACUGAAUGGUUUAUUUGUGGGUUCUAGUAAUAAUUGGAAGAGUUUUAUUCUAUCUAACUGAUGACUAAUAAUUUAGUAAUGUGUAAUUUAUUAAUUUCAGUCCUGAGCCUGUAGUAUUAAAUAUUUAAAGUUUAAUUAUAUGGAUAUUAAAUUAAUUCCUGCCACAUGACAAUAUAAUCUCAUUUUCUGGAGAGAUUGCACAUA